AGGAGAGAAGCAGAGACGUCAAUUUUGUGGGUGAGCGGCAUGGCUCGAGGUAGACCAUGUAGGCUACCUGGGCUAAAUGGGUUUCGAAGCGUCAAGGAUCAUCAAAAUCAUCACAACAUUCUCUCUGAAGUUUGAGCCGUGAAGACGCAUGGAAAACAGUCGGAGCUUGUAAUCAGCUAGGCGGCCUUUCGAGAUCAAACUCAAUCAUUUUUUACUUUGUUUGAUCACCGAGGCAUUCUUGGUCCAUCAUCAUCCCUGUGAAGAUGAUCAAGGGUGACAGCAAAGGGGAUCGGUCUCUGCGGAGCGCCUCCCCGCAUAGGAACGCGUACAAGACGGAUUUUCACGCCAUCAAGUGCUCCUUUGACGCAACCAAGUCCCAAGUCAGUGGGGCCAGCGACACCGGGCCAGAGGUGAGGGGUAGGCCAACAGGCACCCGGGGGAACAAGAUCAAAAACAACAUUUUUCUUCAGAUGGACGGCCAGCAUCACGACGCCGGGGUGGCUGUAACUAAACCCGAAUUGUCCAAGCACCUGUGUCCCGCCGCCAGACGACCGCUCAGUGCCAGCUCGCACAAGGAUAGCGUGAGCAGCAUCACUAGUCAGGAGUCCGUUGCCUCCGACAAAGCCUCAUUGAGCGAGGAGGCAGACGUCAACAAAGCAACGCUGGCAGAGAAGUUCUCGGUCACCCGGAAGCUUUUUGAAAAAGGGGCGAAGGAGCAAGGCUCUUCAACAGUCACAGAGAGACCCACCGUACCCACUAAAGUAGUCACACGUUUGUCUGUGGACAGCAGUGCAUCCGAGGAAGGCAGGACUGUGCGGAGGUUAACAAGCUCCAGUGACAAGGCACCAGCCACCAGAGCAUGGGAUGAUGAGGGCAGGAGGAGAGAGUCAAAGGGGAAAAGUGAGAGUGACGCGCCCACCCACAGGUCGAGUGGGCCCACCAACGCGGGCCCCAUGUCCAGACGGCUGGAGAGCUUCAUGCUGGAUAGUGACAGCGAUGACUCCAACCACAAAGCAGACAUCUUGGUGGACGGAUGUCAGUCUAGCCAGGCGUUUACAUCCAAUGGUCACCAUCACCACCAGUCAACCACCGUCGGCAGCAGCUCUUACUCGGGGAAGACCAGGCAUCUGGGCACCGACUCGCCCAGUUCUACAGAUCUGUCCCAACACCUCAUUGCUGUGAAUGGGAAAUGUAACACGCAGCAUCAAAGCGCUGACUUGACCGCCCACAGCCCAUCCCAUGACACCCAUAAAAGUGUUCACCCCAAUCCCUCCACCACCACUAGUGCUGGCAGUUUGAUGGUGAGCCAACCACCAGACCGCCUGAGCAGAGAUCCAGGGGUAGGGGUGCUGACGGACAAGGCAUCCCCUGCAUCAGACAUGCCUGCUGGGGGCACGGUCACGGUGAGGGCGGAGCGGGUGGUCCUUCAGAACGAGUCGUCAGAGAGCGAGAGCAACGAGGAAGAACACCUGGACGACGAUGUGUUUGAGGAGGCGGGACAUCAGCAAGAGGCCCAACCUCGCAGCCGGCUGUCAGAGCAGGGCGGUGUGAGUGACAGCCGAAGCAGCCAGCCAGGAGAGCAGGUGAAGGAAUUGGGGCGUGGCCGCCGUGGUGGGCCAGGUGAGGCAAAGCAGAGGGAGAGUCUUGAGGAGAGAACCUCGGGGAGUUGCAGAGAAGGAGGAAUGCAGAAAGAGGAGGAUGGAGAAGAGGAGGACGACGAUGGAAUGAUGAAAAAGAAAGUAGGGGAUGACGACAAGAAGAGAGGGAUGAACAGAAUGGAAGAGCCGGCAGAUGAGGAGAUCAUGAAGAAGGACUCUCACAGACCAGAAAGCACGGAGGACAGAAGUGCAUUGGAGAGUGGCAUUGGAGAGACGUCAGUGGACGGCCGAGGAGGUGAGGGUCAGGACGACAGGGCAGGUGAGGAUGAGGAGGAUGACACCGCCGCCGAGGAAGAGCAGCACGGUGGGGCUCGCAAGGUGAACGGCUGCCCCGAGAUAUGUGGUAUCGAGAACGCCGCCUUCGUGGACGACCGGGAGAGAGAUCUGGAGGUCCACAAGGAGGAAGAUGAAGAUGAAGAAGAUGGGGAGGAGGAGGAGAAUGCGGGUGAGGAUGAAGAUGGCCGUGUGCCAGAGCUGUACGAGGAGAUGCCUGGACUCUCCGACGAGGAGGACCCCUUACCGCGGAGGAAGAUCAAGUUCUCCACCGCGCCCAUUAAGGUGUUUUCGACAUACUCCAACGAGGAGUAUGAUCGUCGUAAUGAGGAAGUGGACCCGGUGGCGGCCUCAGCUGAGUUCGAGCUGGAGAAGCGGGUGGAGAAGAUGGACGUCUUCCCAGUGGAGAUACGCAAGGGAGCGGAUGGCUUGGGUAUCAGCAUAAUCGGAAUGGGUGUGGGUGCCGAUCAGGGCCUGGAAAAGCUGGGUAUCUUUGUCAAGACCAUCACCGAGGGAGGGGCAGUGCAGCAGGACGGCCGCAUCUGGGUGAACGAUCAGAUUGUGGAGGUGGAUGGGGUGAGCCUGGUGGGAGUCACUCAGGUGUUUGCAGCCACAGUACUCAAGAAUACCACGGGCCUCGUCAGCUUCCUGAUUGGUCGAGAAAAGGCCGGGAUAGAGAGCGAGGUGGCUCGUCUCAUCAGCGAGACUCUAAACCAGGAGAAGGCCAGAGGGGAGGAGGAGGAGGAGGAGGAGGAGGAGGAGGAGGAGGAGAAGGAAGCGAUAAUUGUGGAGGAGGAAGAGGAGGAGGAAGAGGUGAACCUCCAGAAGAACGAUAUGGAAGAGAGAGAACAACAUGAAGAGGAAAAGGAGGAGGAGAAGGAGGUGCAGGAAGAGAGGAGAGCACAGCAGGAGAGGAGAGCACGGGCAACCCCAAGUGAUGGUGGUGGAGAUGGAGAGAGCAGUGAAGGGACCCUACCAGAACACAUGGAUGCCAAUGAGCUGGGAGAGAGAUUUAAGGAGCUGCAAAACAAACACUUGGCAACGGUAGCAGAACUGGAAGAAGCGAAAGAGAAGCUGUGUGCGUUUGAGCGUGAGCGCGCGGCCUGGGAGGAGCAGAGUGCGGAGCUGGAGAGGAGGUGGCAGGAGAGCAGCGAGAGGCUGCGGAGGCUGGAGGGCUUCUGGGAGGAGUCGCAGCAGCUGUGCCAGACCGUCAGCCAGCGCCUCGCACAGGCCCAGACCCAACACGAGGUGAUGGAGGCCCAGUACAGGGACACGCAGGAGCAACUGCAGCACUAUGAACAGAGGGAGGCAGACCUGCUCAAGAGAGAGGAGGAGAUGAAGCGCGUCCUGGAGGAGAGGGAAAGAGAGUUCCAGAAGAAGGUUGAGAAACUUGAGGAACUGACGGCUGAGUUGGAGAGUAGGGGCCGUGGCAAGCCACCUCAGCCCGGGGCAGAGCUGCGUGUCCUGGGGGGAGAGAGCCGCCUCAGCAGCCCUGACUCUGGAGGCUCGGACCACAACGGCCUCUCCACCGACGAGCCCAUCUCCGAUCCAGACUGGGUGGACGCGGUACCCGAGACUCGCCGCCUGGACUGCAGUGCCCACCGCGCCAAGGCCCAGCUGGCACAGAGGUCACGACGACAGCGCCCGUCCCGACACAAGCUCCGCGAGUCCGGAAGCACCCGGAGCGACCCCACAAAGACCCCCGACAAAGACCAGGAGGCAGUAGAGCAGAGCAGGGAGGGGAAGGAUGCAGUGCUGGAGGCCAGCAGUGGCAGCUGUAAGCGGCGCUCCCUGGUGGAGAGCCUUGCCCUCCCCGUGCCCAUCAUGACCCCUGAGGGUGGCUCCCGGGGGCCUUCAGGGGACAACAGCCUCUGCACCACACCCCAGGGUGGUGGCGGUUUUGGGGACCUGAGUGGCAGUGGCAGCCCCAGCGUGUCCCCCCCGACGGACGCCUCAACCCCCCACUCCCCCUCCAGCCUCCUCCAGAGCCUCCGCAGCAAGCGCUCCAAGAGCAGGGACAAGAAGGCCAGCAAGACCAAAGAUGAGGACCACGACAGCUCAUCAUCUGGGAAGUCCAAAAGGAGAUUUCCUGAUUUCAGUGGCCUUAGAAGGUCGGGUGGCAAAGGACGCAAGCAGGAGAAGGACGCACUGCGGGGGUCACUGGAGAGCAGGGGUUCUGGUGACCUGCUCGAUGUCUCCAGUGGCAACGGCUCCCCCUCGGGUUCCCUGACGUCCGUCCCCUCCUGCAUGCCCUUCUCCUGGUUCGGGGACCGCGAGCGCGACCGAGAGCAGGAGCGGGACAAGGACCAAUCACUAUCCAGCUGCAGCCUGCCACACACGCCCACCGAGAGACAGGUCGACCGCUCCAGCCGCAGAGAGAAGACCUUAGACGAUGACCCUCCAACAACCGGCAAGAGCUACGUGUGGCAGAGCCGGCCCUUGUCUGAAUGGACCAAUCAGCAGGUGUCUCUCUGGCUGAUGGGCUUGAACAUGGACCAAUACAUUGCAGAAUUCACAGCCAAAGGUGUUGACGGACAGCAGCUUAUGGACUUGGACAGCAGCAAGCUGAAGGAGCUGGGUGUGACCAGCCACAGGGACCGCGCGACCUUGAAGAAGAGGCUGAAGGACAUGCGGAAGAUGCAGGAGAAGAUGGAGAAGCGCAAGGCCAAACGAGAAAAGGAGCAACAGAAGGAGAGGGAGAAAGAGGCGCGCCGCAACGCCAGCAGGCCUGCCAGCAAGGACUCCAUCUGCUGAGGUCAACCGCCAUCACCAAUGACUCUUCGCCAAGGUCAUGACCUUUACCCUCGCUCGCUGUCCAUUCACAGACUGAGGGUGUUUGCCAAAUAAAGAGCCUAAGUAUCACCAUUUCUUCACAAGACUCCCGGUUUGAACAAAACGACGAGUGGUAGUCCAAAAAGUCCCAUGGAGCAACGUGACUUGGACUGCCACAGCCUGCCAAUCCACCAUUAACCUUGCCAUCGUCUAGAUCAAGGUCGCUCAAUCAGUAGCUCAUAUCAGUUUAAAUGGGGGAAAAGUAUGGUGCACAUCCCUUGUCAAGGCGCAAGACAAAGACUGAUCGAUUCUUAAGUUCCAGUACAAAGAAGUCUUCACACUUGAAAUCCCUCCACUUCUCUUGGUUCAAGAGCAUUUAUCAAAACUUUUCUCUUUGCUGUUUGAACCUCUUUCUACUGGAACUUGAGAUGCCUCAAUCUUGAUGCGUAAAUCCACUUGAACAGUGGUCCUUAGGAGAAGUCUUUCCCAGAGCCUGUUGUGCCUGAAGCUAGUUCUUUGCUGUUCACUGGUCACAUCACAAUAAUUUUUGUUUCACUAUUCAGGUUCAAACGUAAAAGAAAUGUGUCCUUAUAUUUUAGAAUGCCUGUCAGCAAGAGAAAUAUGACCUGAAUUUGCAGAGCUUUUUCAGAUUGCUGACCUGAAACCUGAUUUCAUGAUCAGUGUUCUGUGUGUAGCAGCUAUUCUGUUGGGACACUUUUUCCAAGUUAAACACGAGGCCUAUGCCAGAAGGACAUGCGAGAUAUCUGAGCAAAAACGAACAAUCCUUUACGUACUGUACUUAUGAAUUAUAUGUAUCUAAUGACGCAUAGAAAAUCCCAUCUAGUCAGGUGACACAUCACCAAACAGUGGUGUUGUAUGCUUUGCAUGGCACUUUGUACAAUGCUUUGCAUUGCUUUGUACAGUGGAGGGCGCCAGAGAUGCGGUUCAUUGUACAGCACAAGCUAAUGGACCAGAGGGGCUUCCUGAAAUAGUCACAAGACACCCCACACUGUAAAAAAUAAAGGUUCCUUGAGGAACCCUCAAUUCUCACAUGGAGAACCCCUAAAGGUUCUCUGAUGAACAUAUGUGCUUGGAAGAACUCAAAGGUUUUCGAAAAGAGUUCUUCAAAAAACGUCUUUGAGGAACCCUUCUAUUACCACCGUGAACCCCCUAAGGCUUCUCAACGGAACCUUGGGGUUUUUCCAAGAACGUAUAGGUUCCUCAGGGUACCUAUGGGUUCCCCCACGGACCAGUUUAGGGUUCACUGAGGAACCUUCACAUUCGUACAGUGCCGGCAGGACUUGCUGCUAGUGCACUCCUGGCACUUUAGUACAGCUACUGCUGACUGGACUACAACCAGACAGAGGUUACAGUACCUCCACUAAAAACCUGGUGUUGGAACCUCACAAAGUGGAGGGGAGUGGUAUCUAGGACCAGAGGUGUCAAUUCCGAUUUUGGGAAGUAAAUCUCGUUCCUCAGUUUACUUCUAACGCGGGCAACUUCCUCAGUGACAAGCUGGUCAACCUGUCAUGACUCAUUAUGAUCUCAUAAUGAUCAGCUGAUUCAAAGCUGGUUGGACGAAAUCUGUGGCAGGAGUUUUACUUUCUAAGCUCGGAAAUGACGCCUCUGUCUAUCCUCCCAACUUGAAGGGGAGGGAUAUCCAGGUUUAGAGGUGUCAGUUCCGGGUUCAGAAAGUCAAUUCUCUACCACAACAUUUGAUCAAACCAGGUGAGUGUAAUGAUUGCUCAAGAUGGGCACACCAGUCACUCUGUGAAGUCACUUGUGUUGGAAGGAAAUUAUGGCAGACUUUUUGCUUCUGCACUGAAUAUUUGAAAUCUCUGUGUCAUAUCCAGAAUGUUCUGAGUUAUAAAGUGGGCACUUGAAAGAGUACAUUAUCACCACUACUGACAUAGAGCAAACUCAUUGUUUUUUUAUUAAUAUACAGUAAUAUAAGGAUGAUUUUUAUAAGAUUAGAUUAACGGCUGGAUGUACAUAUCUUUUCAGGGACAAUUGUUGUACAUAUUCAGGGCUACUGCACUGCUGCACCUGAAGCUUUGUCGUGUCAUUGAGCCACGGUGGUCGUUUUACCUGUCUAAUAAAUAAAAGUUGUUUUAUACAAGUA